CGCUGGCGCGAUAAAGACUUCCAGGUUCUCUCGCACCCUGCCCAGCAGCCUCGCGGUGAGGCUCUUGGUGCUGUGGUGGACCAGCCGACUCAUGUCGAGCCGGCGCACGAGGCUGCCCAGGUUGGUCCUGCUCUUGGGCGCCCGCACAGGGGGACAGACCACGGCCGUGAACUUCUCGAAGCUCUUGCCUCCGCCCAGCCGCGGUCGUUCGUAGAGAAAAGGCACGGCCGCCGAGUACCACUGCCGCGACACCAAGCAGCAGCGAUACAGCGUUUCUUGGCGGGCGUCCAGAUCGCCAUCCUGGGCGACGGCAGAGACGAUCUGGAUGACGAUCUCCGUGGAUCGGCUCUCAGCAUGAGGCCGCAGGCGCUUCUGCGGCCGGUUCGGCCGCUGCGUGCCCACGCCCGCUCGCAUCUCCGAGCCCCUUCUCCAGCCUUCUGCUAUCAGAGAUGUUUCCAGACCACUGCAGCAGCCCGAACACAAGUGCCUGACAUUGCUUUCGCUUUUGAUAUCGAUGGUGUCCUCCUCCGAUCCUCGAAACCCAUUCCCGGCGCUGCGGACGCACUCCGCACUCUGCAAGAACGCGGCAUUCCCUUCAUCCUGCUCACCAAUGGCGGCGGAAAGCACGAGACGGAGCGAGUGGCAGAGAUCAGCGAGAAGCUGAACGUCCCAUUGGACCCUAGCGUGAUCGUCCAGAGCCACUCUCCGUUUGCCGAGCUGGUUAAAGGAACGGAUGGGCAGAGCGCGCUGGAGGACAAAUGCGUCAUGGUGGUUGGCGGUGACGGCGAUGCUUGCCGCAAGGUGGCAGAGAGGUACGGGUUUAAGACCGUGAUCACGCCCGGCGACAUCUUCCACGCCUAUCCCUCCAUCUGGCCGUUCUCGCGAGUCUUUAAGGAUUACUACAAAAACUUUGCGAGGCCUCUUCCGAAGCCAAUCGACCCUUCAAAUCCGUCCGAGAGCCUCAAGAUCGACGCCGUGUUCGUUUUCAACGACCCUCGAGACUGGGCUCUUGAUGUCCAGAUUAUCAUCGAUGUUCUGCUGUCGUCGCAAGGUAUCCUAGGGACCAUUUCGGAAAAGAACGGGCGAGCGGAUCUUCCCAAUCGCGGCUACCAGCAGGAUGGGCAGCCGCCGCUGUACUUUUCCAACCCGGAUCUGUGGUGGGCUGCCGCGUACCAUCUCCCGCGUCUUGGACAAGGUGGUUUCCGGGAAGCUCUCGAAGGUGUUUGGGCUGCGACAACCGGCGGGCCGAGCAAAGGCGUCGUGCUGCAGAAGACCAUCAUCGGCAAGCCGUACGAACACACCUACGCAUUCGCCGAGAGGCAGCUGCUGCGGAACCGCUCGCGAAUGUUCCAGUCGGACAACCUGCCCCCAAUCCGUCGCGUCUACAUGGUGGGCGACAACCCGGAAUCGGACAUUCGCGGCGCGAACUCGUACCGGAGCAAGCACGGCAGCGACUGGCACUCGAUCCUGGUUCGAACGGGAGUGUACAACGGCGGAGAGCCGGCGUGGACUCCGAGGACGAUUGUCGAUAAUGUGCUGAAGGCUGUUGAGUGGGGUUUGAAGGAGAAAUAG